CCGUACAUUUGGCUGUGCAGAUGGGGCCCCGAGAGGCUGAUGUGGAGACGUUCGUUCACGUUUGGUUUUAACUUUUUAACUUUCGCCACUUUCAUCACAAUAACGACAACGCUGUUAUUCUCACUAAGCUAGUAACUAUUUCGCACACAGCGGCCGAAGCUCGUCAUGUUCGCCAAAGCGCUAAGAAUAAAGUCUAACACGGCCAUCAAGGGCUCUGAUCGGCGAAAGCUGCGUGCCGAUGUGGGCCGCGCACUUCCAUCGCUGUCGGCCGAGGAGCUAAGUGCCCUUGUGCCACAGAAGGAGGACAUGAGUGUGGUGCGGGCGUACGCGCACAAGGGCGACGUUGUCACCAUCUACCUGCUCAACUCCAACCCCGUCUUCUUCGAAUGGGAGAAGCGCCUCUUUCCCACGGUUUACACCCUGUGGAAUCUCCCAGACAUGAUGCCAGUCUUCACUACAUGGCCUCCUGUGUUGGACAGGCUGCUUGGCGGAGCAGACCUCAUGCUGCCAGGCCUGGUGGCGCCCCCUGACGGCCUGCCGGACCUACGGGAGGGACAAAUGUGCGCCAUCAACCUCACCAACAGCAGGGCUCCCAUCGGGGUUGGCGUGACGGCGAUGUCCACCGCUCAGAUGGUCGCCGCGGCAAUGAAGGGCCGAGGGAUCAUCGUGCUUCACACCUACCUCGACCACCUCUGGGCAUUCGGAGACAAAUCCCAUCCUCCGCUCAUCCCACACCGCUGCGCACUCGACCCCGACGAACGGCAGCGGGGAGGGCCAGCUUCGGCGGAAUCCGAAAGCCGAGCCAUUGGGUCGGAGGCCGGAGCGUCGGAGCUCGCAGCCGAGGGCCCCGAGACCGGGGGCGACGGAGAUACGGUGCCGCCGACGGGAUCGCCGCCCGACCUGGGCGACGUGCAGCGGCUGAGCCUGGAGGACGAGGAGUCGUCGCCAGGAGCCCAGGCCGACGACGGAGCGGUCGCGAAAAUGACGCCAGCGGAGAUGGAUGAGCUUCUGCUGCUGUGCUGCCUCCGAGCGAUCAAAUGCUGCCUUAAGAAGUCCGACUUGCCUUUGCUCACUAGCACCUUCUUCAGCGUCCACCUCAUCCCCUGCUGUCCCAACGGAAAGAGGAUAGACAUGAAGAAAUCCAGCUACAAGAAGCUGUCUAAGUUUCUGCAGAGCAUGCAGCAGAGGGGUCUCCUGCAGGUCAAGGAGUCCUCAAAGGGAGUGGAGAACAUCGUGAACAUCGACUGGAAGCACCAGGAGCUGCGAUCGCUCCCCAACUCGGAGGACCCCCCGGACGGCGCCGUGGCGGAGGAGGAGGAGGAGGGGGUGGGGGCGUACGGGGAGACGCUGUACCGCGCGCCCGACAUUGCCGCCCUGUACGGGGUGUCCACGCGCGUCCUGGGACUCUUCCAGCCGGCGGGCCACAAGAAAGGAGACAUCCUCGGCGCAAACGACGUCCGAAAUGUCCUCACGAACUACGUCAGGGAAAACGACCUCGCCGACAAGCAGGAGGGGGUGGUGACCGUGAACCCUGUGCUGUGUGACUCUCUGCUGGACAAGCAAGAGCAGUACACCAUCAGCAGCCUCCGCUGGGACGACCUCAUGAACAGGUGCCUGGAGAAAAUGCAGCCCUACCACCAGCUGCUCUUCCCAGGGCGGCCGCCGGUCGUUCGCAAGGGAAACGUCGAGCCCAUCGACAUCCAUGUGGCGCAGAGAGGCGGCAACAAGAAGGUGACGACCAUCAAGAACUUGGAGGCAUUUGGGCUGGACCCACAGGUCUUGGCUCACACGCUGCAGAUUCGCGUCCAGGCGAGCGUGACCCUCACCCCGCUGCCCGGCUCCAAGGACAAGGUGAUCGUGCAGGUGCAGGGCAACCAGGUCUCCCACCUCGCCCGUCUGCUCGUAGAUGAAUUCGGCAUCCCUCGACGGUUCAUCUGUGGUCUGGAAAAGGCUCCAAAAACAGGAAAGAAGAAAUGAAUGAACGAAUGGAUAAACGACUGCAUGACAGACAAAUAAAAUAAAUUGGCAAAUGGAUGAAACUUGUUGGCUUCUCAGUGGUUCAUUAGCAAGUUACAAAAACAAAGAGUGAAAUCAGUAAAAUUAGCCAAAUGACCAAGCAUUGAUGACUGCAGUGUAUGGGAUCAUGUGCAUCCAUUGCAUGCAAACAUAUGGACAUCAAAACAUCGAUUUUUACACACGUGUAUCGUGAUCUUGGAAAAGCGAUAUUUAUUGACGAAUUGAUACGUUGUGCCGAACCUCCGCGCGACCUCAGUGUGUGAAGAUAAAACUAUUAAAGUGUUCGCCGUUGAUCGA